AUGAUGAUCGCACCUACACCAGCACCACCUUAUUACGCUGUCAUUUUCACCUCUGUACGCAGUGAUGGAGAUCAGGAGGCUUAUUCGGCGAUGGCCGGGCUGAUGGAAGAAUUGGCAAGCCAGCAACCCGGUUAUCUGGGCGUUGAAAGCGCGCGGAAUGAGAUCGGCAUUACGGUUUCCUAUUGGUCGGAUAUAGCGUCCAUCAAACAAUGGAAGGCCAAUGUAAAACAUCAGGCCGCACAAAGGCUAGGUAAGGAGAAAUGGUAUGAAGCCUAUACGGUGCGCAUAUGCAAAGUAGAAAUGGCCUAUACCGAUGAUCCGCAUUGA